CGGCUCUGCGCGGGGCGCUGGGGGACCCCCCGGCUCUGGCAGGACAGGGGCUCGGUCUCCGCCGCUUGGCCGAGGGGGGGUCGGGUUACCUGCAGAUUUAAUCCGCACCCCCCCGGGGGGGGCGGCUCCGCGGCAGGAUGGAGGGAGCCUUCCCCGCGUCCUGACAUGCCCGCGGCCAUGCGGGGGCUGCUGGCGCCCCAGAACACCUUCCUGGACACCAUCGCCACCCGCUUCGACGGGACACACAGUAACUUCGUGCUGGGCAAUGCGCAGGUGCGCAGCACCUUCCCGGUGGUGUACUGUUCCGACGGUUUCUGCGACCUGACGGGUUUCUCGCGGGCCGAGGUCAUGCAGCGCUGCUGCGCCUGCACCUUCCUCUACGGGCCCGACACCAGCGAGCUCGUCCGCCAGCAGAUCCGCAAGGCGCUGGACGAGCGCCAGGAGUUCAAGGCCGAGCUGGUCCUCUACAGGAAGAGCGGUGCCCCCUUCUGGUGCCUCCUGGACGUGGUGCCCAUUAAGAACGAGAAGGGCGAGGUGGCGCUUUUCCUGGUCUCCCACAAGGACAUCACCGACAGCAAGAGCCGGCCGGGUGCCGAGAGCUGGAAGGAAGGUGGGAAGCGCCGGUUCAGCCGGGCCGGCGCCACAGGAUUCAAUGCCAACCGGCGCCGGAGCCGAGCCGUGCUCUAUCACCUCUCUGGGCACCUGCAGAAACAGGGCAGGAGCAAACACAAACUCAACAAGGGCGUGUUCGGGGACAAGCCCUCGCUCCCCGAGUACAAGGUGGCCGCGAUCCGGAAGUCUCCCUUCAUCCUGCUGCAUUACGGCGCCUUCAAGGCCGGCUGGGACGGGCUCAUCCUUCUGGCCACGCUCUAUGUGGCCGUGACGGUGCCCUACAGCGUCUGUGUCGGCGCCGGCUCCGACGAGGGGCUCCCGGCCGGCCGCGGCCCCCCCAGCGUCUGCGACCUGUGUGUGGAGAUCCUCUUCAUCCUGGACAUCGUGCUCAAUUUCCGCACCACCUUCGUCAGCAAGUCGGGCCAGGUGGUGUUCGACCCGCACUCCAUCUUCCUGCACUACCUCAGCACCUGGUUCCUGCUGGACCUGGUCGCCGCCCUGCCCUUCGACCUGCUCUACGCCUUCAAGGUCAACGUGUAUUUCGGGGCUCACCUGCUGAAGACGGUGCGGCUGCUGCGGCUGCUCCGGCUGCUGCCGAACCUGGACCGGUACUCGCAGUACAGCGCCGUGGUGCUGACGCUGCUCAUGAUCGUCUUCGCCCUGCUGGCCCACUGGGUCGCCUGCGUCUGGUUCUUCAUCGGCCAGCUGGAGAUCGAGAGCAGCCGCUCGGAGGUGCCGGAGAUCGGUUGGCUCCAGGAGCUGGCGCGGCGUCUCGAGACCCCCUACUACCUGGCGAGGAAGAGUUGCAGAUUCCCGGCCAACGGGACGGGCCUGGGGGGGCCCCCCGGAGCCAACUGCAGCUUCAACGGGAGCAACUGGGAGCUGCUGGGGGGCCCGUCUCUGCGCAGCUCCUACCUGACCUCGCUCUACUUCGCCCUCAGCAGCCUGACCAGCGUCGGCUUCGGCAACGUCUCGGCCAACACCGACACCGAGAAAAUCUUCUCCAUCUGCACCAUGCUCAUCGGGGCGCUGAUGCACGCCGUGGUAUUCGGGAACGUGACGGCCAUUAUCCAGCGCAUGUACGCCCGGCGCUUCCUCUACCACAGCCGCACCCGCGACCUGCGCGACUUCAUCCGCAUUCACCGCAUCCCCAAGGCACUCAAACAGCGCAUGCUGGAAUUCUUCCAGACCAGCUGGGCCCUGCACAACGGCAUCGACACCCACGAGCUGCUGCGGAGCCUGCCAGACGAGCUGCGAGCCGACAUCGCCAUGCACCUGAACAAGGAGCUGCUGCAGCUGCCGGUGUUCGAGGCGGCGAGUCGGGGCUGCCUCCGCGCCCUCUCGCUCAGCAUCAAGCCGGCGUUCUGCACCCCGGGCGAGUUCCUCAUCCGCCGUGGCGACGCCCUGCAGGCCCUCUACUUCGUGGGCUCCGGCUCCAUGGAGGUGCUGCGGGACGACACCGUCCUGGCCAUCCUAGGGAAGGGCGACCUGCUGGGCUGCGACCUCUCGGGCCAGGAGCGCGUGAUCAAGGCCAAUGCGGACGUCAAGGGCCUGACCUACUGUGACCUGCAGUGCUUGAGUCUGCGGGGGCUGGGCGAGAGCCUGGCGCUGUACCCCGAGUUCGCCCGCAAGUUCCGCCAGGAGAUCCGCGCCGAGCUCAGCUACAACCUGGGCAGCGCCGGGGCCCAGGCCGACACCAGCUCGCUGAACGGCGACAAUACCCUGCUGGAGGAGAAGGCGGCCGAGGCCGCGCAGGACGCCCCGGUGCCCCCGCCCCGCUCGCCAGCCGGCCCAGCCCUGGAGCCCGCCGAGGCACCGUCCAGCCCCCAGCUGCCCCCUGGCUGCCCCCCAUCAGCCGUGGGAGCCAAGCUGCUGUCGCCCAGGAGGGGCGGCCUGCCCCGGACGCGGCGCCUGCCACCCGCUGCCGGCCUCCACAGCCUGCCCUGGAUGGGCCCCCCCGACCUCAGCCCCAGGGUGGUGGACGGCAUCGAGGAAGACGCCUGCGGCUCGGAUAAGUCCAUGUUCAGCUUCCAGGUCGGCCCCUCGGGCCCCAACUGCAACAGCCCCUCCCCCAGGCCAGAGAGCGGGUUGCUCACCAUUCCCCUGGGCCCCGCGGAGCUGACGGGCGCCGACGCCAUCGAGAAGCUGCGGCAGGCGGUGGCCGAGCUGUCGGGGCAGGUCCUGCAGAUGCGCGAGGGGCUGCAGUCGCUGCGCCAGGCUCUGCAGCUCUUCCUGCUGUCCCAGCCGCCGGCUCCGCUCGCCCGCCCCGAGGGCACCGCCUCCUACGCGGCCUCGGCCUUCCCCGGCACCACCCUGCUGCAGCCGCUGCGCGUGGAGACGGGCAUCCCGGCCUUCUUCCUGCACAGCGCUGCGCCCGGCCCGUGUCUCAACGCAGCCUGCCCCCGCGCCCGGCCGGCGCCCCCCUGGGCCUGGGGCCCACCUGCCUCCCACAGCGCCCCGUGGACCUCAGCAGGGGGGACAGACACGGAGCUCGGCAGCACGUGGCCAGCGGCCGGCCCCAGGGACCUCACUGCUCCCACGGCAGCACCGGCCUCCCCUGGCCCCCAUGGACACUACGGGGCCACGCCCCCGCCACAGGCUCCGCCAGCCCCUGAGACGGACCCCCCGGGACCUCCAGCUCCGGCCGCUUUGCCUCUGCCCUGGGACCCGCCCGGCCUGGAGAUGGUGCUGCUGGGCUGCCACGGUGCCGUGAGUGCCCCCUGCUGGCCCCGGGAGGAGGGCACAGGCAUGUGAAGGCUGCACCCUCACACACAGUGGGAUUUUUCUGCCCCCCUGGAGAGCCAGGGGGCCUGGCUGGGCCGCACAGCCCCUGUAGGGAGCCCCCGCCGGCCACGGGCCUCGUUCCCAACCCAGCACUGCCGCUGGGGGCCGCCCCCCAUGAGCACUGCCACAAGGGGGCCAGCACAGGAGCUGCCCCCCGGAGCUUGUGGAAGAGCCGGGUUCCACCCGCCCCCGAGGGCACAGCCGGCGGCGAAGGGGCAGGGCCCCGCCUGGCCUGAGGAACGGGGGGGAGGCAGUGGGGGGCAGCCGGGCUUCCAGUCCAUAGGGCUUCCCCUCCCCCUCCCUUUUUACAUUAAAACAGCUGCAUUUUGA